AUGGGCGCUCACGUUUCAACCCAGCCAACUCUACGAUCACUGGAGCCUCUGCUCACUGCAGAGUCUAAACGGCUACUUCAGAUUGACCUUGAGCGAGUGUCUCUGGAAAAUAUUCAAACCUGCAUUCUAGUGGCAAAUCUAUGCGUGGCACAUGCAAACCCAUCGUCGGAGUUCCUGUUCUUUCGAACAGCAAUUGCAAUGAUGCAAUUGAUGGAAACCCGUACGACACAAGCCAAUGACAACGCAGUCUCUCAUGAGCUCCGGAUCCGAAUUUGGUGGGCGCUUUUUGCAGCGGACAGUUGGUGCUCUUCGAGCCUGGGCUUGCCCCGCCAGAUGAAGGACUGGCCUCGACCAGCUCGGUUACCCAUGGAUGAGCGUUUGUUUGCCGACAUGAAUAUAGAUGAGCCAUUAAACGACCCGAAGGGGCCAUGCAAGAGCCCUGGUCUGUGGGCACAUAUGGCCACGCUUAUCGAAUUGUUCAGCCCAAUCCAGGAACUUAAUUGGCGCGCAGCCAACAGUGAAGGACUGCAACCGGAUCAAAUUGAGCAGGACACGGAUCGCCUCGCCCGACUGCUGGAUCACUGGGAAAUUGCACUUCCACACGAUUUGCAAUUGACGGAGUCGAACCUCAUAGAGCACAGCGAACGGGGCACGGGUGGCAUCUUCAUGGGCCUCCAUCUGGGCUUUCACCACUACGCCGUCUUACUCUUCUACCAAUAUCUUGAUACACGAUCCAUGUUGAGCACGCGUGCUCGGCAAUUUGCAACUCGAUGUAAACACCAUGCUCUCAGUUAUAGCACAUGGCUCGCCCGGGGGAGACAGCAAUCGGGAUGCGAGGCCGUGUAUCCAACUGUCGCGCAUAUGGCGACCGUCUCAUCUUCCGUCCUUCUUCAUACCCUGCUUUUUGGAGAAGAAAAUGAACUUCCGCAGUCACGUCACUGCCUCGGAGCAAACUUUGAGGCAUUGCUUGAGUUGGAAGAGUACUGGCCCAUUGUCAGAACCAUGGUGCGUAUUCCCUUCCCUUGA